UUCCGGGCCCGCGCGCUCCCGGCAUCCUCUGCCUUCCGGCGCUGCUUAGCCCCGUCCGGCCAGUCCCGCCUUGCGCGCCCAUUUCGAGCCCGGGUUUGGAGGCUGAGAUUUUAUUUCUUCUGGCAGUGGGCUCCUGCGCAGGGGCUAUGGGCGCAGGGAUGGCGCAGCUGGAGGGCUACUACUUCUCGGCUGCUUUGAGCUGUACCUUUUUAGUGUCCUGCCUGCUCUUCUCCGCCUUCAGCCGGGCUCUGCGGGAGCCCUACAUGGACGAGAUCUUCCACCUGCCGCAGGCGCAGCGCUACUGCGAGGGCCGCUUCUCCCUCUCGCAGUGGGAUCCCAUGAUUACCACGCUGCCUGGCUUAUACCUGGUGUCGGUCGGCGUGGUCAAGCCCGCCACUUGGAUCUUCGGGUGGUCGGAACACGUCGUGUGCUCCAUCGGGAUGCUCAGAUUUGUCAACCUUCUCUUCAGUGUCGGCAACUUCUAUUUACUGUAUUUGCUCUUCCGCAAGGUGCAACCUAGACACAAGGCAGAGUGGACAGUGAGAGAGAGAGACAGAGAGAAAGGUCUUCCUUUGCCAUUGGUUCACCCUCCAGUGGCCGCCGAGGCCGGCGCACUGUGGCCGGCACACCGCGCUGAUCCGAUGGCAGGAGCCAGGUGCUUCUCCUGGUCUCCCAUGGGGUGCAGGGCCCAAGCACUUGGGCCAUCCUCCACUGUCUUCCCGGGCCACAGCAGAGAGCUGGCCUGGAAGAGGGGCAACCGGGACAGAAUCGGGCGCCCCGACCGGGACUAGAACCCAGUGUGCUGGCACCGCAAGGCAGAGGAUUAGCCUAGUGAGCCGCGGCGCCGGCCCAGUCAUUAACUUUUAAUAACAGUAGAACUGGUGGACUUAUUGAGACAUAGUUGGGUUCUUUCUGCGAGGCUGCGUUUUCCUGCCCUCUGAUAACCUCUCUGGGUCUCUUUUUCGCACCUGAUGUUGACGGCAGAUGUUUCCAACGUACUCAGCUUUGUGUUGCUGGGGAUAUUAAAGUGAAAAGGGAGGGCAAGGGGCUGAAGUUUUUUUUUGUGUUUUUUUGUUUUGUUUUGUUUUGUUUUGGUAUAUGUAUGGAUCCAUGAGUUCACUAAAUUUAUAGAGUUUUUACUUCUAGGAUAAGAAACUUUCACAGUGAAGUAAUCUAAUAAUAUCUUUAUAUUGUUUUUUUAAUUGAAACUUUUAAUUAAUUUAAUUUUAGGUCAGUCCACUAUUAGAUCAAAAGAAGUUAGGGCGUGUUUCCAACAAGAAAAGUAGACAAUCCUGUGUUGAUUUUUCACAUGGGAGCCGAUCCGCUCAGUUCAGAUGAAUCCGUGUGUGUGUGUGUGUGUGUGUGUGUGUUACAAACAAGAUGAGGAAGAAUACCAGUACCAGUAGCUGUCACGAUCCUGGCUGAUUGACAGGGACAGGCUGGUGUGAUACUGCUCAGAGUCCUGGGAGGAUGGUGACGUCUGGCUGCUGGAGUACUCCUCAUACAGUAAUUUAUUUUUUAUAUUUCUUGAAUUCAUAAAAUGUUAUACUUUUAUCUGAAAUCAUUUUUCCUCUUAAGAGGCACAAACUAAAAAUUUUAAUGUCGUGGCCACUUGGGGGCGGUAUUGUGCUGCGUUUCAAAGUUUUAGUUUUUUGUUUUUGUUUUUUUCAGUCUCCAGCUUUACGGUUCUCCGGUCCUGUUUAUUAUUGUGUUAUUCAGAAUGCUUCCUGAAGUAUUUAAAGCUGAGGGAAAGUGAAGACAGUCAGUGUUGUGUCCUGUGACUCUAGUCGAUGACUUACUCUGUGCCGGCGCUCACUUCCCAGCCGCCGUGCCGAGUGCUCUGGCUGUGUUACCUCACUUAACUCUCCCAGCAGCCCUGCGGGGCAGCGCUGCGGCCAACUGCUCUGCAGGCAAGGCAGCUCAGCACGGAUGCCCACGAUUACAGCAAUCCCGGCCCACGCAGCCCAGCUGCGCGCCCCUCUGCCCUUGCUGUGCAGCCGGGGGCCGGGGUCCACUCUGAAAUGUGUGACAUUUUACAAAGGGAAGUUGUAGUGCACAAUGACCUUUUAUAGGUCAGAAAACUGAGGCCCACAGGAACGUGGGCUGUGUGGUAGGCCACCAGUGUGUAAGGUGGGGUGGGCUGUGUGGUAGGUCACCGGCAUGUAAGGUGGGGUGGGCUGUAUGGUAGGUCACCGGCGUGUAAGGUGGGGUGGGCUGUGUGGUAGGCCCCCAGUGUGUAAGGCUGGGUUAGUUCAGCCCUGGUUUCCGUCUAUGGAGUAUUUUCUUCCUGAAGAACUGUUUAUUUUAAGGGAUUAUGAAUAUACAUUCCAGAAGCUUUUGAGUUUCAUGUUUUGUUAAAUACUGUUCUCUUAAAUCGACUCGCUUAUAUGACUUCUAAAAUUAUAUUGAGAAUUUGUGUCAUUUAAAUCUGUGGUUUUGACUCAAUGUAUUCUUGAUAAAAAUAAAAGAUUCAUUUGCCUUUUUACA